GCUUCUCGCUUCUUCUUCACACGAGGCUUUUCCCAGUGAAAAUGACAAGAACAGAUCGUGGCCGUUCAUAGUCAGCACAAGUAGUAAAUAAACUAGUACUAUAACACAAGAAACCAUAUGGUACAAGAAGAGCUAGAGAGUGAGAGCACACGCAUGCAUUACUAGAAAGAGGUCUCUAGAAGAAGGUGACUUAGGAGAUCGAUGGCGGCGGGAGAUGUAAGUGUGAGAGGUAGGAGAAGAGAGCGAGAUGUGUCCGAAGAAAAUGGAGUGGUUACACCGCCACCGACGGUGAAACGAAGGAAACUGGAGGAGGAAGUAAAUAUAGAAUCUAGGAUUAUCUUUUCUCCGUGUGUACAAGCAACGAGUUGUGGUGGAAUCUUGGCGAGAAACUCGGCUGGUGCGUCGGAGACAAGCGUCGUUUUUGUUCGAAGGAGAGACUCUUCCGUCGACGAAAAGUGUCAGAUUCCUAGCUUGGUUUCUUGCUGUUCAAGUAAUAGAUCAGAAGAGAAAACGAAACGGAGGAUAGAGUUUGUAGAUCUUGAGGAAGAUAACGGUGGUGAUCUUGAUCAAACUGUAACAUCGUGGACUUAUGAUAACUUCAACAACACUAUGAGAGACACGCAACACGAGGAUUCGACGGCUAUGGAGGUACAAGAGGUCGAGUGUCGCCGCCGGUUAAAGAUGAAAAAGAGCCCUGAGACGGUGAAGGAAGCCGAGCUGGAAGAUUUUUUUCAGGCGGCGGAGAAGGAUCUCCGGAAUAAUAAAAUGUUGGAAUGUUCUUGGAAGUAUAAUUUCGAUUUUGAGAAAGAUGAGCCACUUGGUGGACGAUACGAGUGGGUAAAGUUGAAUCCAUGAAGAAGAAGAAGAAGAUAAAUCGCUCACAAAGUACUUAUUUCUCUUCAAUUAUGACAAUCAUAAUAAUAUAUCUUGUAAAAUGUAAUAUAUUAAUCUUUCUUACCAAAAGAAUGUAAUAUAUCCCUUAUAUAUUAAAAGAGAAGCAUUGGCUUUAAUGCGUUCA